UCUCUAAUGUUUCAUUACUAAAAACAAAAGUUUUGACUUUAUAUUUGCGCAGAAUUUUUUUCGAAUAUCACUUUGUGACAUCUCUUCAAUCGGCACACAAAGAAGAAGGAAUUCAGAAAGAGCAGAAAGCAUUGAGUUCAGCAUCAAGAUUGAAAAGACGAUAUGAAGACUACAGUAUUACUGACACUGGUAGCAUUCCUGUGGUGCGUGGAAAGCAGGCAGCUACGAGGUGGAAGAGAUAAAAUUCCCAAUGAUCAGCUGCGAGGCGGUCGGUCCAUCAUUUCCCACGAGGAUCAACUACGUGGAGGAAGAAAUGUCAUUUCCAAGGAACAACUCCGUGGUGGCAGAGAGAUUAUUGAAGCAGAUCAACUACGCGGUGGACGAAGCAAGAUUGCUAACAAAAAGCAUAGUAGAGAGUUGGAAUCAGAGGAUCAACUACGGGGAGGAAGAAAUGUAAUUUACAAUGAACAACUCCGUGGUGGCAGAGACAUCAUCGAGGCAGAUCAACUACGUGGAGGAAGAAGCAAGAUUGCGAACGACAAGCAUAGUAGAGAAUUCGAUCAACUUCGCGGAGGAAGAAAUGUUAUUUACAGUGAACAACUCCGUGGUGGCAGAGAGAUCGUCGAGAAUGACCAGCUACGUGGUGGAAGAAGCAAAAUUUUUAACGACGAUCAACUACGCGGCGGAAGAGAUGCCAUUACUCAUGACCAACUUCGAGGCGGACGAGAUACUAUUGCGAAGAGGCAAUUGCGUGGUGGACGAGAUAUGAUAGAGUAUGAUCAGCUGCGUGGUGGCAGAGAUUCCAUUCCUAAUGACCAGUUGCGCGGUGGACGAGAGGUGAUUUCCAACGAUCAACUACGUGGUGGAAGAAAUGUCAUAGCGAAAGACCAGCUGCGAGGAGGUCGCGAUACAAUUUCCAAGAAUACAAAAAACUAACAGGAAUGUAGAAAAUAAUGUACAAGAUUAGAAUCUGCAGUAAGAUCAAAGCAUUAAGGACGAACAUGCAAGUCGUAUAUACAAGUUAGAAUAGAUUUAAUAUGCCUAAAUACACGAAAUGAAAACGUCACAUAUGAAUUAGUAAUUAAUCGUUAAAAAAGUAACUGUUGUGCGAGUUGUAUAUACUAUAGAUAUGGUGUAUUCGCAUGCGACAAUUCAAUCAAUAAAGUAUACUUAUAAUUGUGUGCAAUGA